CUUCCUCCAUAUCUCUCUCCCUCCUCCUAUGUCCCUGGCACGUUUCCUGGUGCGGCCCCUUUAAGAGGCAGAGCUCAGUGCUGGGAAUCCACGUCAGUGUCAGGAGUGGACUCUCCACACUGACAUCAAUGAGGGAGGAAGAGAGAGAGGGGGGCACCCGGGCUUCCUGGAAACACCCCUCCCCCACCAUGUGCUGCCACUGCUGCUAACUUCUGGAGUCUGGGGAGACUGCACCCCCCAAUCCCCAGACUGGGGGGCGACACUGAGCGGCUGCCAUGUGUGCUGCACACUUCCACAUUAAGCAGGAGCAGAUUUCCUACUCACCCCCGGAGAGCCCAGGGCCAAACUGUGCCGCCCCCUCCCCUCUCCAUGUCCCGGGGCCCCGUGCUUACAGGAUGGAAGAGGAGCCCGUCAGGCUGCCAGCGCACCUGCGUCUCCCUCCUUCGCACUGGUCACGGGAGGACGUGUCCCAGUGGCUGCGCUGGGCAGAGAACGAAUUCUCCCUUCGCCCCAUCGAGAAUAACACCUUCGAGAUGAACGGGAAGGCGCUGCUCCUCCUGACGAAGGAAGACUUCCGAUACCGCUGUCCGCACUCAGGUGACGUCUUGUACGAGGUUCUGCAGCAAAUCCUGCGUCAUCGAAAACCGCGAGCGCCUGUUUUUCACACUGGAAACUCUCUUCAUGGCCACUCCGAAUUAAUAAUCGCCCACAACCAUCACGAAGGUAGGCACCAUAUCCAACACCGACCUCCUCCAAGGGCCAUCUCUGAAGUCCUUCCACAGAACACACCAACUAUAGAGCUACGGCAUCGACCCCUCUCCCCUCUCACCAACCACCACGCCUCUCCGGAUGUUGAGUCCCGCCCAAUCCGCUCGCCACUGGAAAGCAAUCUACGCCGCCCCUCCCCUGCAGAACGCCUGCACCGCCUGCAGGGCGAAACCAACCACCACAAUCACGACACCUACCCUUUAUCCGUCUCCCCGGCUGAAGCCAAUCACUGCCCCGCUGACACGCAGCCGAAACCCAACAGCCCGAGGCAGGAGAACCCGCGGGUUAUUCAGCUGAUGCCCAGCCCCAUCAUGCACCCGCUGCUUCUUAACCCCCGCCAUGCCGUGGAGUUCAAACAGCCGCGGCUGGGCAUGGAAGACGGCCAGCAGAGAGAAGGGAAGCCUAUGAAUCUGUCGCAUCGUGAGGACAUGGCGUAUAUUAAUCAUGUGAUGGUUUCCAUGUCUCCUCCUGAGGAACAGACCAUGCCUAUUGGGAGAAUAGCGGACUGCCGGCUGCUCUGGGAUUAUGUGUACCAGCUCCUUUCUGACACCAGAUAUGAGAACUUCAUCCGUUGGGAAGAUAAGGAGUUGAUGGUCUUCCGUAUCAUGGACCCCAACGGCCUGGCGAGACUGUGGGGGAAUCAUAAGAACAGAACGAACAUGACGUAUGAGAAAAUGUCACGGGCGCUCCGCCAUUACUACAAACUAAACAUAAUCCGCAAGGAGCCGGGACAGAGGUUACUGUUCAGGUUCAUGAAGACACCGGAGGAGAUAAUGAGCGGCAGGACAGACAGACUGGAGCACCUGGAAUCUCAGGAGCUGGACGAGACAAUGUACCAGGAGGACGAAUGUUGAGGCGCCGGCCCCUCCUGAUAAGGACAGAUCCAGCUCCGUAGCCGCCUGCCUGGAGCCACCAUAAGGGCUGGAGGCCCCGCCCUGACCGUGCACAGUAAUAUAAGCCCUCCCUCUGAAAAUGGACGCUACGGCUGCCGCUGGGGGUCAAUCCUCCAGACAGUCGGAUUUUGGUACUCUCAGGGAGGGAUGCGGCGCCUUCAAUUCCUUUUUUUUUCUUUUUAUGAGGUUUGUUCUGUUUUUAUUCCUGCAGAACUCAUAUUUUGGAAGUAUUUGCACUGGAGAAUAUUGCCGCGGACGAUGCACUGUGACCGCGACGGCCGCAUUGGGACUCUUCCAUGUGUCGCCUUUUUGCUUUUUUUUCUUCUUUAAUCUUUUUUGUAUCACUUGUAAAAUUGCACUAGAGACAUUUUAACUACAGAUCUUCUUCUACUACUUCACCUGUUUUAUC